AUGGGGCGGUCGCCGUGCUGCGACAAGUCGAGCGUGAAGCGGGGGCCGUGGUCGCAGGAGGAGGACGCCAUACUCAGGAGCUUCGUGGAGAGGUUCGGCAAUGCCGGCAACUGGAUCGCGCUGCCCCACAAAGCAGGGCUUAAACGAUGCGGCAAGAGCUGCCGCCUCCGGUGGCUCAACUACCUCCGCCCGGCGAUCCGGCACGGCGGCUUCACCGACGAGGAGGACAACCUCAUCCUGUCGCUCUACGGCGAAAUGGGAAGCAAGUGGUCGGUGAUCGCGUCCAAGCUCCCCGGCCGGACGGACAACGACGUCAAGAACUACUGGAACACCAAGCUCAAGAAGAGGUACUUGUCCACCACAAGAGAAGUGACGACACCACCGUCCCCUGCCGCCGGCGACGACAGCAUCGCCGCCGUCGACAGUCCAUCCCAAGCCUCCAGCCAACCCUCUCCUCCUCCUCCUCCGGCCAUCGUCAACCUCGACGCGCCCAUCCUCGACAGUACCGGGGACGACAACGCCGAGCUCCUGCACAAGUCGGAGCAGCUGUACGCCGAACUGAUGGGCCUCAUCGAGCAGCAGUCGAUGAUCACCGCCGCCGCCCCGUCGACCCGGGAUGCGGCGACCACGUCGUGGUCGCCGCCGGGAACGAGUCCAACCGCUAGCAGCAGCUGUGACGGAAGCAGCAUGCAGAUGCAGUGGCCUGUGGACGUGCAUGAGAGUACGGUGCCGUUGUCAUCAGAGUCCAGCAACAGCAGCAGCAGCAGCAGCGCCAGCAGCUUGUGGUUCUUCGACGCGUUCGGUGGCGGCUCGUUCCAAGACCUGCUCGGCGCUGCUUCCUUCGACGAUGUCAUGCUGUCGCAAGAGAUGCUGUACUACUAGCUACUAGGAAAAAGAAAUAUCUGUGUCAUCAUUAGCAUGGAUAUACGUACUUAGCAAAGUGGUAAUUGAAUUACUAAGUCCUGUGUGUGUUUAAGAACUCAUAUAAGUAUGCAUAGCUAUAUAGUUAGUGACGAAACGAGACGUAGUCAUGACAUGUACUAUAUAUGCGAGUGUGCAACCAAAAGACUAGCACUGCGCGUAUACGUUCGUGUGAUAUAAUUGUGCCAAGGUCUCAUAAUUCACAGGUAAGAAAUAGCCAUGGGGUACUGGAAGAUGACAUCGGGUGUGCUGGGUCGCCCCAGCUUCUAGCUGUGUUGUAAGGUGAAUCCAUUGACUUGGCACAAACUUUUAUAGGAGU